UGCCGCUCGCCGGGAGCCAGCCUGGGCGUCCGGAGCCGCGGCGCAGCCGGCGCUGGCAGGGGGCUCCCGCCUGGGCACGCAGCCGCCUCCCGCGGACCUCCGGGGCCUCUCCAGCGCCCGCCUCGCCCGCCGGGCCCCAGCAGGCGCCGCAGCCGUGGCCUGGGCGUGAGCGGCCGCUACUAGCUGCGCCCGGCCUGGGACGGACGCCGGACCGCCCCGUCACGUGCGCCCAAGUCCUCGGCCGGCCGGGGCAGCGCCGUUCCCAUGGUUCAAGGCUGUUGAUGGAGGAGGGGGCGGAUGACAGCCGGAACUGUGGUCAUCACCGGCGGCAUCUUGGCGACUGUGAUUCUGCUCUGCAUCAUCGCGGUUCUGUGCUACUGCCGGCUCCAGUACUACUGCUGCAAGAAGGAGGAGUCGGAGGAGGACGAGGAGGAGCCCGACUUCGCCGUGCACUCGCACCUGCCCCCGCUGCACUCGAACCGCAACCUUGUGCUGACCAACGGGCCGGCGCUCUACGCGGCCACCUCCACCUCCUUCAGCCAGAGGUCCCCGCAGGCCCGCACCCUCUGCCGCAGCUGCUCCCACUACGAGCCGCCCACCUUCUUCCUGCAGGAGGACGAGGGCGUGCGCAACGGCGGGGAGCGCGUCGCCUACAAGAGCGUCAGCCGGGAGGACGUGGCGCUGCCGCCUGGGAGCUUCGGGGCCCUGCAGGCCCUCAACCCCAGCCGCCUCUCGGCCAUGCGGGAGGCCUUCUCCCAGAGCCGCAGUGCCAGCACCGACGUCUGAGGGCGCCCCCGGCCGCCGACGGGUCCUGAGACCAUGGUGGGGUCCCCACGGCGUCCCAGCCUGGCCCUGGGCCCGGACCCGGGCUCGGCCCAGCUUUCCUCACACCCGCGUCAUCACGGGGGCCCACUGGGGAGCUCCGGGGCUCACUGCGGGGAUCAGACCCAGUGAAAGCAGCGUGGCCGCCCCGGGUAGUGGCCACCGGGGCCUGGGUCUGGAAGGGAGGCGGGCGUGAUGCGGGCACAGGGGAGCGGUAGCAUCCGGGUGGCAGGCUGCAGAGCGAGGUAGGGCUCUGGCGCAUAGACGCCAGGCUGCCGAUACCAGUGCUGCCAUUAGGGAGGGGGCGGUGGAAGGUGGCCUCCGUCUCAGCCCCAGCAAGUCGGCCAUCUCUGGCUUCACCGCCUGGCCGUGUCCCUCCCUCCCUGGGCCUCAGUCUACCUACUUGUUCAAGGAAGGGGUGGUAGCCGCGAUGCUAGGGGCCCUGCAGCAUAAGCCUUGCCUGGCGACUGGGGACCGAGUACCCCGUCCCAGAACAGGGCCUCCCCCCACCCCUCCCCCACACACACCCUGGCUUUAAGCGCCCAGCCGCUGAGACACUGGUUGAUUGAGCUGGGUUGCCCCCCACCCCCGCGCGCAGAUCUCCCUAGAAGGGGGAGCUCCCUUGGGAUGCACAGCCCCGACUGGCUUUUUGGUGAAAAUGGAGUGGGGAGGAGGCCGUGUGCUGCUCCCCCGGUUUCGGGAGUGUCCACACUAAAAUACCCAGUCCGGUCCUCAGCCCUGAUGUGGUAGAGCGGACAGAGCCAUGGACCAGGGGCUAAAUGACCCACUGACUCCCCGUGAGACCUGGGACGGGCCCUCCCACUCUUGGGCCUCAGCCCCCCCGGAGCCCUCCUGCUUUCGUGCCCCGGGGCAUAGACCCCGAGCUCUGCCACCUGCCCAGUUUCUCAGGAGGACCUGGGAGCAAGGCCUCAGGCUGCCCCUUCCCUGCUCCGGCCCCGUGUGCACACUCCCCGCAGGGCUAGGGGCUCCCCCGCCGUCCAGCCAGAGAAAUGCCCCAAACCCAGGGGCACCGCCCGCGGGGAACGCAGCCCCGUCCACGCAGAGGCACCGUUUCCUCUCAGCAGCAUGGCCCCCGGAGUCCGCUGCCUUCUCCCGGGCUCUCUCUGCCUCUGGGCCCAGCCACAGCGCCAGCCCUCACCCUGGGCGGGCAGCCCCGUCUGCCCAGGAAGACGGACCGGGCUCCCCAGCUAAGCCACCUUCCUGAAAGGCAAACCUCUGGGGCACGUGGCUGUCCCCGAACUGUGGGCAGCCUGAGCACCGCACUUCUUGUUCUUUCUCCAAAGUGCUGCUGAGCUGAGACUCCGGACGUGAGCAGGGUUAGGAAGGCUUACUAUUUUCGGCAUCGCCGAUUCCCCCCCCCUUCUUCCUUUCUCCUCCUGCCUCAGUUUGGACUCGCUAAUGGAAUUCAGCCCCAAGCUUCCCCUUCCUUUGUCAAACCCCAUGAGUUUGUUUCUGAUGCGUUAGCUUGGCGGGGUGG